AUGAGUUCCAUGCUGAAGAAGACCGGAGGCUUGUCCUUCAAGCCAAAGGCCCGUCCUCGUCCCGGAGCUGGUCCCUCCAAGCCGCCUGCAACGGCUGCAUCUGCCAGUACGACUCAAACACCUACUGUUGAUUCUCAGUCCCAGGCAUCAACUCCCGCCCCUUCCAACCCAUCCGAGCCCACUACUAUCCCCUCUACCGAGACGGCUAGCCAUGCACCGACAGAACCGCAAGCUAGUGCACCGGAAAAGCCACCGAUACAACAACCCCCUCCACCUCCACACCAGCCCGAACCCGAGCCCGCGCCUGCGCCUGAGCCAGAGCCAGAGCAUGAACCUGAGCCUGAGCAUGGACCUGAACCUGAACCUCGGUCAGCGGCCGCUCCAUCUCAACCGCCCCCGGAAGCGUCGAUACCCACAACAUCUUCAAAUUCGACGACGGAAGGACAUGUUGCACAACAGCUUAGGACUCCAGCUCAGUCGCAGGCUGAGCGGGCAACAAGGCCAACGCCGGCGCCUGAAGCGUCAAUGACAAGCCCCCCGCCAAUUCCAAGCAUCGAGAAGGACAACACGGUACCCCGUGUGUCUGAGGGGACCUCUCAAACUACUGCCUCAAGAUCUGCUGCUGUUAGGGUGUUGUCGCCGGAUUCCUCUACUCCAGCUGGAGAUAGAGGUGUACCACCGACCGCCCCUCCUUCACCAGCGCCUGCCCCUGACACUAUCGCGGUCAUACCACCUGUGGACGAACCUGCAGCACCUGCUCCUACUCCUGCGCCCGCCCCCAAGAAGAGAGCACCUCGGAAGCGCAAGCCGACUACAACCGAAGGUGGGACAGCUGCAGAAGGCGCAGCACCCAAACAGAAGCGGCAGCGUAAGAAGGCACCGCCAGCAGCCGUAGCGCCAGCAGCCGGAGAUGGCGAUGCUGCCGCCGCAGAAUGCGAAGAAGCAAAUGCUCAGGCUAAGCCGGCGAGGCGACGGAGACGGUCUCCAACCCCAGAGGAUGCCGAGACUUUGACAGUCGAUCAUGCCACAAUGAAAGUCGGCGACCUGGUCAGAGAUCUUGGCAUCGGCAAGAGAUUUAAGCACGCAGAUAUCAUCGAGGAGCGAGCGCGCGAGGCACGCGCAAAAAACCGGCAGAAGAGGCUUGAACGAGAGAAGCUCAGACUGGGUAUUGCUCCGACAGAGAAUUCGGAGGCAGGGUCUCGUGCGGGUACUCCGGCUGAAGGCAGCGGUCAAGGGCGUGGCCUCAAUACAGCCGAACUACGUGCAGGUGUGGGUAUUGGGGCGGCGGACUCAGGUGUAGGCUACGAAAUCAUCGACGGACAAAUCAUCAUCAACCAGUCCUCCCUUCAGGUCGACAGGCAUCAACAAGACAUGUCGACGCUAGAAACGGUCGAAGAAGACGACUUCAGUCACCACAUAACAUCCGCCAGCUACUCCAAGCGAAACAUGGGGUCCAAUUACUGGAGCGACGAAGACACAACGAUGUUCUACAAGUAUCUCCGCAUGUUCGGCACCGACUUCGAGACCAUCUCGCACAUGUUCCCCAACAAGGACCGGCGGGCCGUCAAGAAGAAGUUCAACACCGAGGAGAGGCAGCGCCCCAACCGUAUCAACCAGGCGGUCAUGGUCCGCGGCGAGAAAAAGGUCGGCAUCGACCUGGACGAGUACAAGGCGACGCAGACGGAGACCGUGUGGCAGGAGGUUGAUAACAUCAAGGCCGAACACUACAAGCUGGCUGAGGAGUACAACAAGGAGGUCGAGCGCCUCAAGCAGGAGCGCAGGGCCGCUGGUCUCAUGGACGAUGAUGACGAUGUGCCCGCCGGUGGCGAUGGCGAUGGCGAUGGCAAAAACGACGGAGAUGCCCCCGCUGAUGGCGAGGGCGAGGGCGAGGGUGAGGGUGAGGGUGAGGGUGAGGGUGAGGGUGAGGGUGAGGGUGAGGGUGAGGGUGAGGGUGAGGGUGGGGCGGAGGGGGUUGAGGAGGUUGAAGACGAAGUUUAUGACCUAGACACGGGUGCCCAGGUUGCAAUUUCAGCCUGA